AUGGACGCUUUCAAGCUUUUAACCCGUUCGACAAAACUGAAGAUAGGAGGCGCGACUACUCCCUCUUCGACAAAAUCGGUAACAAGUCGCCUCCCAUCGACGGGGAAAGCAGAGAACCCGCAACUUUUCCGUAAUCCCGAAGCCGAAAAGUUGCUGGCUGAAAGGACAGGAAAGGCGAAACAUGGGAAAAAGCGCAAGAGGGGAGACGAUUCCCAAAAUGGUAUUUCGGGGAGAGAAAAAGAAGAUGAUGAUGAUGAUGCUGCCAUGGAUAUGAAUCUUGAUUUUUUCAGUACGGAUAAAGGCCCUUCAGGUGCCACGACAACGGAUAAAAACCAGGCAACUCUGAAAAAGCAUGCAUUCGAUGCCUCUGGAUCAGAUGGCGGAGAGGAAGGAGAGCAGUCGAUGGAUGACGUCGAACGGCGCACGAUUCUCAAUUCACACAAGAUCAAAGUUACGGAUCUACGUGAUCUGGAGGAAAUAGGCAUCGUGCAGCCAGAAGUCAAGGAGCCUAAGAAGAAGAAGAAGAAGAAGCUGCAGCAAGAAGCUGCGCCGCUUAACAAGAAGGAACAGAAAAAGGCUCGAAGACUGUAUCCACAGCCUCUAGUUUCAUUUAAGGAACUACGGACGAGAUACAAGAUAUCUAGACGACUAUCGGAGAACAUUGCUGAGCAGGGGUUCACUCUUCCUACCGAGGUUCAAUUGGGGAGCUUGCCUCUGUUGCUGGGAGAGUCGACAAGCAAGACAAAAUCUGGGGAAGUCACUGAGCCGGAUUUACUCGUUGUGGCGCCGACGGGCAGUGGAAAGACUUUGUCUUUCUUGAUCCCAGUCAUCAACAAGAUCGUCCGUCAUCAUCAUGAACAGCAAGAUGAGCGGGGAAUAUUCGCUAUUAUCGUUGCUCCGACCAAGGAGCUUGCUGGUCAGAUUGUUAACGAGGGACGAAAAUUGGCUCUUGGGACUGGAGUGAAAGUUACCAUGAUGAAAAAGGGCAUGAGGGUCGUAGAGCGAGAAGAUGAGAACGUUGAUCAGGAUACAAAUCCUUCGGACGAUGAUAGUGUGUCAUCUUCAGAUGAUGAUGAUGAGGAAGAGGAGGAUAAGACUACGGUGAAAACCCGACGGCAGGCUCCAGUCACCAAGAGUGAUGUCCUGGUAACUACUCCGCUGCUGCUUGUCAAUGCACUUUCUGCGAACGGUACGAAAUCCAUAGCUAGCUUACCCCUGGUGAGGAAUUUGGUUCUGGACGAGGCCGAUGUUCUUCUGGACCCUCUUUUCCGCGACCAGACCCUCAGUAUCUGGAGAGCUUGUACCCAUCCGGAACUCCGCAUGAGCCUUUGGUCAGCUACGAUGGGCUCAAGCAUCGAGGAUCUGUUUAAAUCGACUAUCAACGAACGACGAGAAUCUCUCUCCUUGACUCGGAACGAGUCCCAGCCGCUUAUUCGCCUCGUUGUCGGACUGAAGGACUCUGCUAUUCCUAACAUCAGUCACAAACUUAUAUACGCUGCAACGGAACAAGGGAAGCUGUUGGGUCUAAGACAGCUUCUUCACCCGGCAGCAGCAUUACCCGAAGAUGUACGCUUACGUCCUCCCUUCCUCAUUUUCACACAGACCAUCCCCAGGGCCGUUGCGCUCCACUCCGAAUUAAUGUACGACAUCCCCGCCGAGGCCGGUGGCUCAUCACGAAUCGCUGUCCUCCAUUCUGACCUAUCCGACACCCAACGAUCUGAGAUCAUGAAAGGUUUCCGAAAAGGCGAGAUCUGGAUUCUGGUUACCACCGACCUCUUGGCACGGGGUGUCGACUUCCGCGGUAUUAACGGAGUUGUCAACUACGACAUCCCCAACUCCGCAGCGGCCUACGUCCAUCGAGUCGGGAGAACUGGUCGUGCUGGCCGUGAAGGCGGCAUUGCCGUGACAUACUACACCAAGGAAGACAUCCCCUAUGUCAAGAGUAUCGCAAACGUCAUCGAUGUCAGUGAGAAACUACGUGGAAAGACGGGCGAGAAAUCCAUCCAGAAGUGGCUGCUAGAUUCUCUACCGGAUUUGAGCAAGAAGGAUAAGAAGGAAUUGAAGAAACACGGAGUCAAAGCGAGGCAAUCGGCAGUCAAGAAUGUGAAGGAUGAGAAAGAACAGCGACUGACAAGGAUCAGCACCAAGAGCGGCUAUGAACGACGGUUAGAGAACAAGAAGAAGGGCGCAAUUAUGGCUAGUCGCAACCGGAAACGCAGAGCGCAGUCUGCUGAGCAUGAGAGAUCUGGUAGUGGGCAGGACGAUUGGAGCGGGCUGGAGGAUUAA